GACCGGCGGAGGAGAAACGAGUCCCUGCACUCACGCACCAUGCUGCCUUCGUCCAGCUCUGACUUCACACGCAAAAAGUCACGCGCGAGCAGAAACGUAUAGCUUCACCCCCCCACCCUGGACCUUAUUGGAUAUUCUGUGUUUUUCCGCUUUGGUUUUUCUCCCAAAAGCAGCAGAUUCUGAAGCUCAGACAUGUUGCAAAGUUUCUCUCAGUCGCCGGACUGGCUUUACUCGGAGCCGCUGCUGUUUGACGACGACUUCUGCCAAAGCUUGAUGAAGGACCUGCAGUCGCUGCCAACGCCCCCCCAGUCCCCUCCGAUGAAGGCGGACCUGAGCAGCGGGAAGCCCCUGUCCAAGGAGGACCAGCUGAGCUACGUGUCGGACAUCCUGCUGGAGGACCACGACAUGCAGCACCUCGCCUGGACCUACGACUUGUUCAGUGCCGAAGCCACGGAGAAGGAGUCCUGCCAGCCCUGCUCCCCUCUGCAGGAGGGGGGCGAGGACCUCCUGUGGCGCUGCCUCUCCGGAGACAAGAACCUGGAGGAGAAGCUGAUGCUCGGCUCUAGCCCGCCGCUCGCCGACAUCGACGCCAGCAUCUUUGAGGAGAUCGCCGGCUCCGCGCUGGACUUUCAGAGCCUGAUGAGUUCUCAGGAGUCGAGCGAGUCCACGUCAGAUUAUGGAUCGACUGGUGGCGACAUGUCUACGUAUUCGUCCAGCGACUCUGAGGAGGAAAUCGACGUGGUGACGGUGGUGCAGCGUCUCUCCCCUCUGCCCGAGCCGUCGACCUGCAAACGGAAACAGGACGAGGAGCAGCGAGCGCUUCAGCAGCAUCACAUCGAGCUGCAGCACAACUACGCCGCUCCCUAUCCCGCCUCGCCUCCUGCAAAGCCUCCACCGUCGUCCAACAAGCGCUGCAGAGACGGCUCGUCGCGCUUCAGCCCCGCUGCUCGCGGCUCCGUGUCCUCCUCGUCUCGGUACCACUACACGUCCCGGAACUCGACGGAGACGGAGGACGAGGAGGAGCGGCGGCGGACUCAUAACGUGAUGGAGCGGCAGCGACGGAACGAGCUCAAGAACUGCUUCCUGCGCCUGCGCGACAACGUGCCGGAGCUGUCGCGCAACGACAAGGCGUCCAAGGUGGUGAUCCUGAAGAAAGCCAGAGACUGCAUCUACGGGCUGGAGGACGAGAGCCACACACUGCAGGUCAGGAAGGACAAGCUGAAAGCCCGACAGGAAGCGCUGAAGACCCGGCUCGAGCAGCUGCGCAGCUAAUGGCUGCGCGGGGGGGGGGGGGGGCUUUGUGUAAAGACUGACGCUGUAAAACGCACAGCAACAUUUCAGAAGUUUCAGGAGAACGACAGAGCAGACGUUCUGCCUCGCCUGCUCAACGUUUCAUUCCCCUCUUGUCCUCGGUGCGGGCGACGACUGGAAGCCUGGUUUACUCUAAACUUGAAUAUUUUCUCUUCAGGACGUCUGUAGCAGCGAAGAGCUGCGGUCGUCUGAACAGAAUCACGAACUCCAAAACGAGGUUUAUUGAAACUGCUGCUGCAAAAAUCACCAAAGUUCACGAUGAAAGGAGUUUGAAGCCAAAGUGUUUGUUGAAAGGACUCGUUGCAGCAGAACUUCUUGUCUCUGGCAUCAUGGUGCGGAGCCGCGCCUGGUCCCGACGCGCUCAGACUCUACGACCGACGGACUGUUUCCACGGACGCGGUCGGUUCUGACCCGAACACGUGUUCUCUGACGUGCCUGCUGAAGCUCGGACACAAAGUGCUGCACGGCUCAGACUGUUGCUCUCAUCAGGUGCAUGCCUUCUGUUUCUUCUCAAAUGUUCUGGUUUGUUGGAGGAGUUGGGCCUUGUUCUUGUUCAGGACUUCAUGUUCUUCCACAGACUGGUUUGUUCUUCCACAGACUGGUUUGUUCUUCCACAGACUGGUUUGUCGCUCAGCGUUGGUCUCAAGUUUUUGCUGAAGACCGUUCGACUGCAGGGAUGUUUCAUUUAAUUUAAUAAUUUGUGUUAAACUUGGCAGACCUACCUCCACCUGACCACAGUUAGGCCUUUGUAUUUUCCUUUUCUCUGUUUUUAUAUAAAUAUUGUACAUGUUGUAUAAAUUAUUUUAGUUAUUCAGGUUUUGUUUAUAAAAGUUAAAUUUAAUAAAAAAGA